AAUGACGAUCGGAAGCAGAGGGCGUGCACAUCGUUAAUGACGUAUCGAUGCCGUUCAAGGUAAAACGCGAAAAGUAAAGAAAUGGUCUCCGAGGAGAGGAAAUAACAUUCGAUCUAAACCAACACAAACACCAUUACAAGCACUCGCUGUGUGUGUGUGUGUGUCUCUCUCUCUCUCCUGAACGAUGACUGAUCUGAACGAAUUCGGUCCCCUCGAGUCGGCGGAGACGUCGCACAAAGAGGAACUGAGGGUUCUGCAUGAACGGCUUGCCUAUCUGGAACGAAGGGAGCGUGAACUGAUUCGGGAGAAAGAAGAACAAGAGAAAGAGUUUGGCUUAAAAAGAGCCAAACUGAAGGAGCUGUUUCUUCAGAAAGAAGAGGAACUGAAGCGAGAACGUGACACAACAGCUGAGGCCCUUGGCAAGAACAACUCUCUCUUGAUAGACUUGAAGAAGCUACAAAGUGAACUUGAAGAUCUGAAGGCUGCUGCGGCCGUUUCGGAAGAGAACAAACAGGAUGAAGUGGAAGACAUUCGGCGCCAGUGCCAGGAGGAGAUUGCCAGUUUGCAGAGUAUUAUGAAAGAAGCAGCAGAUGAAGCUUCAAGGAAGACAGCAGCUCAGUAUGAGAGCGUGUGGCAGAGAAUGAUGAAAAUGAAUGAGAAAUCAGAACAAGAACUUCAAGAUCUGAAAAUGCAGUUAAAUCAAGAAAGGGAAGGCUUUUUAGCUUCUGUGGCGAAGUCCCUGAAGCGAGUGAGUGGACACACUUUCAACAUGGCUGGCCUGAGAAUUGGUUGGGUCUAA